AUGAUUUUGAAAGCUCUUCUGGCAUUGACAACUCUGGGGUUUGCUGCAGAGUAUCCAGUCGUCUCUCUAUUCAUUCCAAAUGCCGACCCUCAGUCCUUGUUAGGUGAAGUUUUGGCAGAGCAAUCAGCAACAACUACAUACAGUAUCAAUUGCCCAGCCGGUCGCACCAAUAGUACGGAAUGUGGCAUGGGCCCAGGCCUAUUUUUGACCGCAGCCCCAACCAGUGUCGAAUAUAUGAUCAGUGCUGAGUCUGAUAACAUAUAUAAUCACGUUGUCUGUGAUAUGACCGAUCUCCCGACCGGAACUUAUACCUGUACAGACACUGUUACCGGGAAAGGGGCCAAUACGCCCGGCACCAGCACCUCAACUCUGCCAUGGGACCAGAUAACGUUGUUGCCGGUUACAAUCACUUCCACUGCUAAUGCGGUGGCGGCAACAGUAAGCAACGGCAGUACCACUACUCCAGGUACUACUGAAGUUGUGUCGAGUAGCGAGGCAUCACCCGCUGCUGCCACCGUCAGUCCUACUCCAGUGGCAGGUGUGGCUGCGAGGUCAAGGCCGACUGGUCUCGUGCUAGCUUGCGGUGCAGUUCAAGCUCUGGCAGGACUGCUGUAG